AUGGCCAAUGGCACAUCAGUCACGGAGUUCAUUCUUCUGGGAUUUCCUGAACUUCAUGGCCUGAAUGGAACAUUUUUCACCAUAUUUCUGUUGAUGUAUCUUCUGUCACUUACAGGACACAGCAUGAUUAUCAUAGUUGUCCUCAAAGAACCCAUGCUCCAUACUCCAAUGUACUUCUUCCUCGUCAACUUCUCCAUGGCCGAGAUCUGUUCCACAACAGCAGAGGUUCCCAAGAUGCUUGACAAUGUACUGUCUGGAAAGACCACCAUCUGCUUUGCAUGUUGCAUGGCACAAGGUUUUGUUGUCUUUACAAUGGGGGCUGUUGAAUUCAUCACCCUCACCAUCAUGUCUUUUGACCGCUAUGUGGCCAUUUGCAAACCUUUGCUCUAUAGUGCCAUCAUGACCAGUGAACUAUGCCUCUAUUUGGCCUUGUUAGCUUGGGUUGGAGGGUUUGUGAUAAUUAUUUCACAGUCUGCAGUUGUAUGGAGUUACCCAUACUGUGGACGGAAUGUAAUUGAUCACUUCUUCUGUGAUGUUGGACCUGUCCUGAAAUUGGCUUGUGCUGACACAACUUUGAUGGAGCUGAUUGGUCUCUUAUAUGGUGCUACUAUAAUGUGGGGUUCAUUUGGCUUUUCGUUGAUUUCAUACACAUGCAUCAUAGCCACAGUCAUAGGGAUCUCUUCUGCCACUGGCCGAUCCAAAGCCUUUUUCACAUGUACCUCCCAUCUUACUGUUGUUAUCAUCUUUUAUCUAGCAGACAUGUUUAUGUACUUGAGGCCUUCAACCCAAGGAGAUACGCGAGCCAACAAAGUAGUGUCUCUUGUGCGUACGAGUUUCAUCCCCAUGUUAAACCCUUUCAUCUACACCAUCCGAAACAAAGACUUCAAAGAAGCAGCAUGGAAAAUAUUGAGACGAAUGUUUAUCAGUAGGGACUAA